AUGAGUUAUACCGUAUGUACUGUGACGUCAUUAUUUAUUAUCAAUUGUUUUAUAUCAUUUGAUCGUUAUGCAAUAUCAUCUCGAUCAUUAAGUUCAAGCAAAAAUUUCUUUAUAUAUUUAGUUGUUAUUGGAUUAGUAAAUGCUUGGUAUUUCAUUAGUUUACCAAUAGCUAUUCUUUUUGAAAAUAUUCCUCUCGGACCUAAUGGAUCUUAUAUAUGUACUUCAAAAUCAACAAUGUUUCUAUUGAUUGCAAUUUUAGUUUAUCAUUCAAUUCUUGAAGAAGUUUUACCGAUUUAUUUUUGGUGUAUAACAUGA